UUCGAACCGAUAAUCUGGUUAUUCAUUUGUCGUCUGUAAGACGAUUCUCAUCUACAACAGCUGUUUCACGUCGGCGUCGGUGCCCCGUUCGAGUAGCGACACUCCGCACAAAGGCACUUUGGAUCAUCUUAAUCUUAUCGUGUCUAGACGUUUCUGGUUAAUUGGAAACGAUAAGCAAAUGGUACAAAUUCCAUUACCACUUUUUAUACGUAUAAUUAGCACAAAAAUGAUUGAAUAGGCAAGUAUCUUUCAAAUUAGGUUCCGAUAUAGCUCGCACGAGAACGGAAAACAUGAAUAACAAAGUGUCGAUAUCCUUGAAAGACGUAUCGGCGGAUAAACUAAUUCCAGCUGAGAUUCGCACUGAUCUAAAACAGAAUGUUUUGUCUGCGGACAAAUUGAAGAACGUUGCUGUUAAUCACGACCGUCAGAUGGAGAUCGAAAAAAAAGAAACAAAAAGCAAGAAUGAAGAAAAGAAAGAAACAAAAAGCAAGAAUGAAGAAAAAAAAGAAACAAAAAGCAAGAAUGAAGAAAAAGUGCAAACACAAAAUCUGAGCAUGCCGUGUUGUAAAUUGGAGAAACCGAAAACCGAGAAUGUGAAACCAAAAUGUGUCGAAGUGGAGAAAACUAAAGGAAAAAUGGAGAUCACGGUAGCGAAAAAGUUGACCGGUGAUGCUAGUACGAAUCCAAUCAAAUCCUCGAAAUGCACAAUGAUCCCAAUCGUCAAAGGGUCGGGUGAACAAAAGCCAACUAAUGUUGCUGUUCCACGAAAGUAUCCUCCUUUGUCAAAGCCACUCUUAAAUGUACGUCCCCUUGUGUUGGCAACUCAUUUAGUGCCUUCAUUACCAAUUGGAUUGUUCGAAGUGCUUGUGGAAGCUAUCGAAGUUGCAACUGAGAAACCGGUCGUAUUGAUGUACGAGCCUAGAAGCCAUAGGCCAGUUGCAAAGGAUGUCGUUGAUAUUGCUAUCUUGCCAGCAAGCGAAGAGUGGGAAGAUGGUGAACUUUUGCCCGCAAGUUUCUGCUUCCAACACCAUCUGAAUAAAAAUAAUUCACCAUGUGUCUACGCCGAUGUCAUCGUAGCAACCGAUCGAGCUUCACAUGUUAAAGACAUCCUAGAUCUUCGUGGUCAUCGAUGUUCUCUGCCAGAUCGGAAAAAACAGAUUGGAGUAACAGCAUUGAUAUUUAAUUAUUUACACAGUAGAGGUGAAAAUCCGACCUUUUUUGGCAACACACUGGAUGCCGAAACGCAAGUUGCAGCUUUACAGAUGGUAGCAGGGAAACAAGCAGAAGUUGGAAUCAUAGAGUCGCCUGUUAUUAAGGGUCAAGAAGAUGCACUUCCAGGAAUCGACUCAGUUCAAAUUUUAACAAGUCUGGGACCAUUACCGCCAUAUCGCAUUAUGGUAAAAAAGACACUUUCAGGUGAUAUAACAAAACAGAUCACAAAUUAUCUGCUGAAUGUACAUCAGGACAAACAGUGGCUUGACAAAUUUGCUUCAUUUGGUGUUACAAGCUUUACAAAGAAUUCCACGAAUUAUUAUGAUCAAACGGAUGUGAAAUCUGUAGCUACAAGUGUGCCAUACUAUUAACCCUUAUUCUUCUUUUUACUAGAUUAUAUAAUAGAAACACGCGAUCGUAUCAUCCACUUCUUGUAUUUCUUUAGCUUUAUACUUUUCACAAGUUGUAAGUUUAAUAAAUACAAUAUUUUAAUAUUAA